AGGUGGCGCCUGCGCCCUCCAUUCCUCCGCCCGCCGCCGAGCCGCCAACAGCCCCGCAAACAAUCCCCGGCGCCGUCGAAUUAAACCCUCCGCCCGGUUCGGAAACCCCCCCUUCGGGCUUGGAAGGGGCCCCCCUUCGGCCUCCUUUUGGUUUCACUCUUUUCCUUUCUUCAAAAAAGAGAAUCCCCGGUGAGGCAAAUCGAGGAAGCGCUUGGCGGAGUUGUGUAGGCCGCGGAAGUGAGGCGAAAGGGCGCGUAGGCCGCGGAAGUGAGGCCUACUCCGGCGGAGGAGCCAAGCACAGGCCUGCUCCCACCUCCAGGUGUGGGCUGCUACACAAAUAGAAGAAAGUGAAAAGUAAGCACAUUUAUCACCUACAUCUACUUUUCGAAUGUAUUUCUAACAUCUGUGCUCCAGAAGAUGAUAAAGAAAUGAUAGCAGCUCAAGAACCAACAACCAAUUUUGCCCUUAUUCAGGAGUCUGAAACACAUUUUUCUUCUGAUACCGAUUUUGAAGAUAUUGAAGGAAAAACUCCGAAACAGGGAAAAGGAAAGACUUGUAAGAAGGGGAAGAAGCCUGUAGGAGAGAAGGGGAAAGUUGGAAACGGAGGAGGGAAGCCCGGUGGUCCAAAUCGAAUGAAUGGGCAUCACCAGCAGAAUGGUGUGGAAAACAUGAUGCUCUUUGAAGUUGUUAAAAUGGGCAAGAGUGCUAUGCAGUCUGUGGUGGAUGACUGGAUAGAAUCCUACAAACAUGACAGGGAUAUAGCACUUCUUGAUCUCAUCAACUUUUUUAUCCAAUGUUCAGGAUGCAAAGGGGUUGUAACAGCAGAGAUGUUUCGGCAUAUGCAAAAUUCUGAAAUAAUUCGAAAAAUGACUGAAGAAUUUGAUGAGGAUAGUGGGGAUUACCCACUUACCAUGGCUGGUCCCCAGUGGAAGAAGUUUAAGUCGAGUUUUUGUGAGUUCAUUGGGGUCUUGGUCCGGCAGUGUCAGUACAGCAUCAUCUACGAUGAAUAUAUGAUGGACACCGUCAUUUCGCUACUUACAGGAUUAUCCGAUUCUCAAGUCAGGGCAUUUCGACAUACUAGUACACUGGCAGCAAUGAAGCUGAUGACUGCAUUAGUAAAUGUGGCAUUGAAUCUAAGCAUUAAUAUGGAUAAUACGCAAAGGCAGUACGAAGCAGAACGAAAUAAAAUAAUUGGAAAACGGGCUAAUGAUAGGUUGGAGCUUUUGCUACAGAAACGGAAAGAGCUUCAAGAAAAUCAGGAUGAAAUCGAAAACAUGAUGAAUGCAAUUUUUAAAGGCGUAUUUGUACAUAGAUAUCGGGAUGCAAUAGCGGAAAUAAGGGCAAUAUGUAUUGAAGAAAUUGGGAUUUGGAUGAAAAUGUAUAGUGAUGCCUUUCUCAAUGACAGCUAUUUAAAAUAUGUGGGAUGGACAAUGCAUGAUAAGCAAGGAGAGGUAAGACUGAAAUGUCUCACAGCUUUGCAAGGACUUUAUUAUAAUAAAGAGCUUAAUUCCAAAUUGGAACUCUUCACCAGUCGGUUCAAGGAUAGAAUUGUAUCUAUGACUCUCGACAAAGAAUACGAUGUUGCAGUACAAGCAAUAAAACUACUUACUCUUGUUUUACAGAGUAGUGAAGAAGUACUGACUGCAGAAGACUGUGAAAAUGUCUAUCAUCUGGUGUACUCAGCUCAUCGGCCAGUGGCUGUCGCUGCAGGGGAAUUCCUUUAUAAAAAGCUUUUCAGUCGAAGAGAGCCCGAAGAAGAGGGAAUCCUCAAAAGAAGAGGAAGGCAAAGUCCAAAUGCUAACCUUGUCAAGACGCUAGUUUUUUUCUUUUUGGAAAGCGAGUUACACGAGCAUGCAGCGUACUUGGUUGACAGCAUGUGGGAUUGUGCAACUGAUCUCUUGAAAGACUGGGAAUGUAUGAAUAGUCUUCUGUUGGAGGAGCCACUCAAUGGAGAAGAACCUUUGACAGACAAACAGGAAAGUGCACUAAUUGAAAUAAUGCUCUGUACAAUUAGACAAGCAGCUGAAUGUCAUCCCCCAGUAGGAAGAGGCACAGGAAAACGGGUGCUCACAGCAAAGGAGAAGAAAGCACAACUGGAUGACAGAACAAGGAUCACAGAACUUUUUGCUGUUGCACUCCCUCAGCUAUUAGCAAAAUAUUCUGUAGAUGCAGAGAAAGUCACCAACUUGUUACAGUUGCCACAAUAUUUUGAUUUGGAGAUCUACACAACAGGGAGAUUAGAAAAGCAUUUGGAUGCCUUAUUGCGACAGAUCCGAGACAUUGUGGAAAAGCACACAGAUACCGAUGUUUUGGAAGCUUGCUCUAAAACAUACCAUGCGCUCUGCAACGAGGAAUUCACCAUCUUUAACAGAGUGGAUAUUGCAAGGAGUCAGCUAAUAGAUGAACUAGCGGACAAAUUCAAUCGACUUCUUGAAGAUUUUCUGCAAGAGGGUGAAGAGCCUGAUGAAGAUGAUGCCUAUCAAGUCUUAUCCACAUUAAAACGAAUCACUGCUUUUCAUAAUGCUCAUGAUCUGUCAAAAUGGGACUUGUUCAGUUGUAACUACAAGCUACUAAAAACAGGCAUCGAGAAUGGAGACAUGCCUGAACAGAUUGUUAUUCAUGCACUGCAGUGUACUCAUUAUGUUAUCCUUUGGCAGCUAGCAAAAGUCAGUGAGAGCAGUUCUACGAAGGAGAACCUGCUACGCUUAAAGAAGGAGAUGAGAGUAUUCUGUCAAAUCUGCCAGCACUACCUGACUAACGUAAAUACUGCUGUGAAAGAACAGGCCUUCACUAUUUUGUGUGAUGUAUUAAUGAUCUUCAGCCAUCAGAUUAUGUCAGGGGGACGCGACAUGUUAGAGCCACUAGUUUACACUCCUGAUUCUUCGUUGCAGUCCGAACUGUUGAGUUUUAUCCUUGACCACGUCUUCAUUGACCAGGAUGAUGACAACAACAGUACAGAUGGACAGCAAGAUGACGAAGCCAGCAAGAUCGAAGCUUUGCAUAAAAGAAGAAACUUGCUUGCAGCUUUUUGUAAACUUAUUGUCUACACUGUGGUGGAGAUGAACACUGCUGCGGAUAUUUUUAAGCAAUACAUGAAGUAUUACAACGACUAUGGUGAUAUCAUCAAAGAAACCAUGAGUAAAACAAGGCAGAUAGACAAAAUCCAAUGUGCAAAGACACUGAUUCUCAGUUUACAACAGCUUUUCAAUGAGAUGAUUCAAGAAAAUGGGUACAAUUUUGAUCGAUCGUCACCGACAUUCAGCGGCAUUAAGGAAUUAGCCCGACGCUUUGCUUUAACAUUUGGGCUCGAUCAGCUGAAAACAAGAGAAGCCAUUGCUAUGUUGCACAAAGAUGGGAUUGAGUUUGCUUUUAAAGAGCCGAAUCCACAGGGUGAAAGCCAUCCACCUUUAUAUUUGGCAUUCCUUGAUAUAUUGAGCGAAUUCUCUUCCAAACUUCUCAGGCAAGACAAAAAAACAGUGUAUGCUUACCUGGAGAAGUUUAUGACCUUCCAGAUGUCUCUCCGGAGGGAAGAUGUGUGGCUCCCACUCAUGUCUUACAGGAACUCUUUGCUCGCCGGCGGGGACGACGACACCAUGUCCGUCCUCAGCGGAAUGAGCAACCGGGGGUCGACAGUCCGGAGCAAGAAAACCAAGCCGGCCACAGGGAAACGGAAACUACCUGAAGCUGAGGAAAGCAGCAGUAGCGACAGCAUGUGGAUGAGCAGGGAGCAGACGAUGCACACGCCGGUCAUGAUGCAGACCCCUCAGCUCACGUCCACCAUCAUGCGGGAACCCAAAAGGUUGCGGCCCGAAGAGAGCUACAUGGGCGUCUAUCCCAUGCAAGCCGAACACCACCAACCGCCCAUUGAUUACAAUACGCAGGUCACAUGGAUGUUGGCUCAAAGGCAGCAGGAAGAAGCAGCCCGGCAGCAGCAGGAGAGAGCGGCCAUGAACUACGUGAAGCUGAGAACCAAUUUGCAGCAUGCCAUUCGACGUGGCUCAAGCCUAAUGGAAGACGACGAGGAGCCAAUUGUCGAAGAUGUUAUGAUGUCAUCAGAAGGGCGCAUUGAGGAUCUCAACGAAGGCAUGGAUUUCGACACCAUGGACAUAGAUCUACCACCUUCAAAGAACAGGAGAGAAAGGACAGAGCUCAAGCCGGAUUUCUUUGAUCCUGCAUCAAUCAUGGACGAGUCUGUUCUUGGAGUCUCGAUGUUUUAAUGCCAGCCCGGCAUGUAACAACUCUGCGGUGAAGUCGUUUUGGAAGAAGAGAUUUUCAAAAAUAAAAAUUGGGGUAGAUACAGUCAAUAUUCUGAACAGGACUUUUUUUCUCUAAGGAGAAGGUGUGCGUAAACAAGAUCCAGUGCGCUGAUCGAAGGGGCAGUUUUGUUUGCCUGAAACAUAUAAAGGACAAGUAAACAACUUGAGGAUAAGCUAUAGUUUCUGUUGGGGAUAAAACCAGUAUUUUAUUUAUGUAAGAUUACUUUUCUUUUCCAAAUCAUAGUCAGUGCCGCCAUUUUUGGGAUUCAUAGCUGUUAGGGGAGAGGCUUGAGACGCUUGCAAGCCCCGUCCCUUUAAAUAAUUAUAAUCCGUUGGAUGUAUUCAAAUAAUGACUUCUUCUUAGACGAUUGUGGAAAUAACGAAGCGGCUUAAUAACACGUCAUUUGUAGAAUUAGGAGAGAAGCAAAAGCCGGAAGCAUUUUUGGUGAGAUAGAUACUGGUCAAUCGCGGUGUCGUUCCAGUUCGGAUAAUCAUGGAAAUUAAUAACGUGCAAGCUGAUUAGUUGACGUCUAUUUUAGGAUCGUAAAAAUAAUAAAGACGACACAAAACGUACCCAUAUUUACUUAACUAUGUAUUCAUACAAGUAUCCAGGAACCAUGAACUGUUGUCAGGAAGCACUGAGGUCAGUCUCGCUUUACCCAUUUAACAACCCUGAGAGUUUGCUUGUCCUUUAAGAUACAAAAACAAAAAUGUAAUGUUGUGAAAUUUCCUUCCAGUAGUGCCACUGUAUUUUGUCUCCAAAUAAAAGAAGCUUAUUGUAGUAUGUUUGCAGAAAAAAAAAUCUAAACGACAAAAAAAAUAAA